CAAACUUUAUUUGGGUCUUACAGUAACCGCUUUUAAUCAUGUUCGCCUAUAUUAAUGCUCUCAAUGGAAGAAAGAUUUCCAGGGAUCCCUCAUAACAAAAAAUUGAUCAGAAAUCAAUGGCACAGUCGAGCUACCCGCCGAUAGGUAACCCGGUGGCAAUCGUAAGCCCGCAAUUCUGCGCGGCUUACCCCGUGGAUCUAACAAUCGUGAGGAAACUCCUCUCGAUAACGGAGGGCAACUUCGCCGUCACCGACGUCAAUGGCAACGUCAUGUUCAAGAUCAAAGGCAAGGUUUUCAGCCUCCGCGAUCGUCGCAUCUUGCUCGACAACGCUGGAAACUCGAUCCUCACUCUCCAACAGAAGAUAUUGACUGCACAUAGGAGGUGGCAAGUUUACAGGGGAGAUAGCACAGACGCGAAAGAUCUGCUUUUCAGUGCUAAGAAGUCUUCUUUGAUCCAAUUCAAGACACAACUGGAUGUGUUCUUGGCAGCUAACACAAAAGAAGAUGUUUGUGAUUUCAAGAUUAAAGGCAGCUGGCUCGAAAGAUCAUGCACCAUAUAUCUCGGAGAUACUUCAACCAUCAUUGCCCAGAUGCAUAGGAAACACAGUGUCCAAAGUAUUGUGCUUGGAAAAGAUACAUUUUCGGUGACUGUGUACCCGCACGUGGACUACGCGUUCAUAGUUGCUCUUGUAGUGGUACUUGAAGAGAUCAAUGAAGACAAAGACGAUUGAAAUCACCUCAAGCAAAGGAAGACCUCCCGCUUAUAUUACUGUAUUUUCUCAUUUGGAUGAAGGGUUCGACUCCCGUCUUGCAUAUCUGGAAAAAUGUCCUUCAGAUGUCUACAAAGAUUACAUAACUUGAUACGAGAAUCCAAUUUGUUGAAACUGUUUGGUUUAUGCAUGGUUAUUGCUGUUUUAUUU